AUGUUUCGUUCGACCCAAGUGUGUCUGAGUGCCCUGACGAAAAGAACCCAUAGGGUGAAGAUCCAGGUGCUGAAGGACUUCCCGCGAUUCCAAUUAUUUAAAGGACAAGUUACGAAAGCUAAACCAUCUUUAAUGAGGAACUACCUGCAUAACUUCAACGGUGCGAAGUACAUACUUGACGAAGAACGUGACGUUGAUAUGGAGCUGUUGAGGUCGUAUCAGGCACGUGAGUUGAAAUUAGCCGAGGACCGCCAACUACUCUCCAAAUAUCAAGAAAUGGAAGCUCAAAAGAGGAUUAAAUCGCAGAAACAAUCUGUUUUUGGCGACGAGAAGCAAGAUAAUCCAAAAGAAGAGAAGAAAGGUCUACUGGAUUCUGAAAUUACUAUUGAAGAGGUCAAAAUUCCCGGUCUAGAUAUGUGA